CAAACGUCAUCGAGGCGCUGCUAAUCGUGACAUGCGUAUCAAUCUGUGUAUGCGCGAGAGAGCCGCUCGUAUGGAACGCUGGUGUAUGAAUAAGUGUAGGUGGAGUAUGUAAACGAGUGGGCAGUGACUUGACUGAUGAGUGCUAUGGUAUUUUGGAGAUUUUUAGGGAACACAUGAUCUCGGAUUUUUUUUUCAACGGUAAAUCCGGCCGGUUCCCGCCGUUAAAUACAUUGUUGGAUAGUUGAGGUUUUAUUGUAGGCACAUGCUCCAAAUUUUGGAGCACUCUGUACUCGUCGCUCCGUUUUACGGAGGCAGGAGCGAUCCCCACCCUUAUGAAAUUCAAGUAUGCCGUUUAAUCAAUAAAUUUUGAUGGGCUGCAGGUGAGCUCCGAACAUCUGCCUGUUUGCCGAAUUAUUUAUAUUAGUGAAUUAAUCAUGACUUCCGAUGCUGGACAAAACGGAAGGAGUCAGACAGGACAGACUGGUCAAAUCACUGCUAGAGUACCGAGGGUCUAUAAAAUUGUUGUUCUUGGGGACGGAGGUGUUGGAAAGUCAGCUGUCACGCUCCAAUUUGUGAGUCACAGUUUUCUGGAUUACCAUGAUCCCACGAUUGAGGAUUCGUAUCGACAGCAGGCAGUUAUUGACGGUGAGCCAGCCCUUUUGGAUAUCCUGGAUACUGCAGGCCAAGUAGAGUUCACCGCAAUGCGAGAUCAAUACAUGAGAUGCGGCGAGGGUUUCAUGAUCUGUUACUCCGUAACAGACAGACACAGCUUCCAAGAGGCACUCGAGUAUCGAAAACUAAUUUCUCGUGUACGAGCCAACGAGGACAUUCCCCUGGUUCUCGUUGGCAAUAAAUUUGAUUUACAAUCACAACGAAAAGUCUCCACGGAGGAGGGCAAAUCACUGGCUGAUCAGUUGGGCUGCCCCUUCUACGAGACAUCAGCGGCACUACGACAAUUCAUCGACGAUGCAUUUUAUUCCAUCGUACGACAGAUACGAAAUAAAGAACGAAACCGUGAGACAGCUAGAAAGAGAAGUCGAUGGCGAAGACUUCGUUCAAUUUUCGCUUUCAUAUUUCGUAGGAAGAAUAGGAAUACAUCUCACUACUCUCCUUAAGAGUUGACACGAUUAUAUUUUGUUUCAUCAUGCUGAGAAUUUGACGCUUAGAACGUGUUUCCAUUGAUUUAGCUUCUAGAUGAAUUGUUAACGGUACUACUCAUUAAUUAUCAGCAUUGAUAGGUGAGGCCGGGGCAAAAUUUAUAAUUGAGGAAUAAGUUUUUCGAUAUAGACUCAUCACAAAGAAAAAGAAUUUCAUAGAAAAUUCAAUGAGUCAUUAACAUUUCAAGAAAAAUCAAAUGUCCCUUGUGUUAUUGGUGUUGUACUUAUGAGAGAAUACGCGAGUUUAAAAUUAUUGUAAUGUACAUAGCAAUAAGCAAGGAUCAGUUCAGUUCUAGUCAUAAAUUGAGCAUUUCAGUUGCAAAGAAAUAUCUAUUAAUGUUGAAUAGUAUAGGAACUUAUUUGUUUUUUUUUUAAAUUGAAUGAAUGUAUCUUUUUAUACAAAACAUAUUCGGCAAUUUCAAACGUGUAAAUGAUGGCAUCUAUUUAACAUUUAAAGAAACAACCUCGAGCUUCAUAAUUUACUCUGGACUUGAAAGAUCUAAACAUACCAAAGCUAACGUAAACCAGUAUUAAUACCAGAAACAUUUUUCCAUAACGAGAUUUAUGAUCGAUUAACAACGAAUAGAUAAUGAAUUAAUUGAAUAUAAAAUCCCAAAGUUUUUUAAUGAAAUAGAGGAUAAUUUAUGAUGUCGAGACAAUACUCCACGGAAACAUAAUAUGCUUGUAGGCAUUUUUUAAAAAUUCACCACGUAUUUAUUUCAUAUCAUUGUUGAAACAAGGUAUAUUUUUAGAACAAUGUAGAAUGAACAAAUAAAAUUGUUCUCAUUAAUUUA